AAGAAGCACCUCAUCACAUCCAAACACUAUAGAAUUUCUUCAGUCCCAAUUCACUGUCGUCUACUACAGCAAUACCAGCUCACGAUUUUGUGCAAGAUAUGGCUCCCACAAGCUCUUCGAGAUCCAAGAGCAAUGCGUCCAAGCUCCAGGGCAUCAGGGACGCCACGUUUGCGUCUCUAGGGAACCUCGUCAAGCUCCUCCCGACAGGGACGGUCUUCAUGUUCCAGUUCCUCAACCCCGUCCUGACCAACAAUGGCCAUUGCCACACCUUCAACAAGUACCUCAGCGGCUUCCUCAUCGGGGCGUGUGGCUUCUCGUGCGCCUUCUCUUGCUUCACCGACAGCUUCACCGGCUCUGACGGUAUGAUCCACUAUGGCAUCACCACGGCUAAAGGGCUAUGGCCCUCAUCGGCCGAGUACUCCGGCUCGGUCGACUUGUCUAAGUACAAGCUCCGGGCCAGCGACUUUGUGCACGCGUUGCUCUCGACGAUGGUCUUCGCGGUAGUGUCACUAUUGGACCUGAACACCGUGGAGUGCUUCUACCCAUCGUUCGAGUCGAAGCAGAAGGUGCUGCUCAUGGCUUUGCCUCCGGUGAUCGGCGUGGCUUCCAGCAUGGUUUUCAUGGUAUUCCCUAACAAGAGGCAUGGGAUUGGGUAUCCUUCUUACAGUGGCGAGUCCAGUGAUCAAAGUGCUACCAAGGAGGAAGAAUGAUUGUAAAGAUUAAAAAAACAACAGCUUUCGUAUGUCAUUUGCUUGUUAAUUAGGGAAGUGUACUUCUCCCUUUGAGCGGUGUGCUUGUGGUGUCCAAUAUUUGGUGUUGUGUGGCUGUAACUUUCUUGCUCUUGCUCGUUUUCAUAAUAUAAUAUGUGGGUUAUGUGAA